CAAAUUUGGGAAAUACCUUCCACCAGUAUGGGAAGCAGGCAGAAGCCCUGGAAAGUGUGAUAUUUUCUACUUCCUCUGAGUUAAUGAAGCUGGAAUGAUAUUUUUAGAAUGGAAAUUGUUUGGGAGGUUAUAUUGGUCCUGCAAGCCAAUUUCAUUGUCUGCAUGUCAGCACAGCAGAAUUCACCAAAAAUUCAUGAAGGCUGGUGGGCAUAUAAAGAAGUCGUCCAGGGCAGUUUUGUUCCAGUGCCUUCCUUCUGGGGAUUGGUAAAUUCAGCCUGGAAUCUGUGCGCCGUCGGGAAGAGGCAGUCUCCUGUCAACAUAGAAACUAGCCAUAUGAUCUUCGACCCAUUCUUAACCCCACUGCGCAUUAACACGGGUGGACGGAAGGUGGGUGGAACGAUGUACAACACAGGAAGACACGUAUCGCUAAAGCUAGACAAGGAACAUUUAGUAAAUGUGUCCGGCGGGCCUCUUACCUACAGUCAUCGUUUAGAAGAGAUAAGGUUACAUUUUGGAAGCGAAGACGGUCAAGGAUCUGAACAUCUACUUAAUGGACAAGCUUUUUCUGGAGAGGUGCAACUCAUUCAUUACAAUCAUGAGUUGUAUACAAAUGUAUCAGAAGCAGCCAAAAGUCCAAACGGAAUAGUGGUCAUUUCCAUAUUUAUAAAGGUGACCGAUUCAUCCAAUCCCUUCCUAAAUCGCAUGCUUAGCAGAGAUCCGAUAACAAGAAUAACCUUUAAAAAUGAUGCAUAUUUACUACAGGGGCUUAAUAUAGAAGAGCUGUAUCCUGAGACGUCCAGUUUCAUUACAUACGACGGCUCGAUGACCGUGCCGCCGUGCUACGAGACAGCCAGCUGGAUCAUAAUGAACAAACCCAUCUAUAUCACCAGGAUGCAGAUGCAUUCUUUAAGGCUACUAAGUCAAAAUCAGCCGUCUCAGAUAUUCUCCAGCAUGAGCGACAAUUUUAGACCGGUCCAGCCUCUAAAUAACCGCUGCAUCCGGACGAAUAUCAACUUCAGCUUACAGGGAAAAGACUGUCCGAAUAACAGAGCGCAGAAGCUUCAGUAUAAAGUGAACGAAUGGCUUCUAAAAUGAAAAAAACUCGAAAAAGUUUAAAAAAAAUUAAAAAUUCACCGCAACAUGGUUCCUCUGGAUCUCCGUACCAUAGAACGUACCGCUCUUCAUUCACUUUUUGGAUACGUUUUUCAUACACGGUGGCCAUCACGUGAAAACAAAAA